AUGGCCGUGUUAGGCCCGGGUGUGAGUGUAAAUAUGAAUGGGCAUAGUAAUAUUCAUAGUCAGUUAACGAAAUCAUUAGAAAGGAUCUUAGAAGAUGCAUAUUUGAGUGGUGAAUUAAAAUUGAGCGGACGUAAGUUGCGAGAAUUUCCGAAACCAGUGAAAUAUGACUUGAGUGAUACAGUUGUUGCUGAUUUAUCCAAAAAUCGCUUCAGUGAAAUGCCAGAGGAAGUGACCACAUAUAUAUACUUAGAAAAGUUAUUAUUAUCACAGAAUAUAAUAAGAAGUAUACCAGAUAGUGUGGGAGGAUUGCAGUCGCUAACAUAUUUAGAUCUCAGGUAA